AUGGCGACGGGUCCGGCUACUCAAUCGCUCAAGUGCGUGGUGACUGGUGACGGUGCUGUCGGCAAAGUCAGUAUUCCAAAGCAAUGCCCUCCCCCGGGCCAUGUCCUGUCCCCGAACUUCCCAUUUGCUAUCGUCGUCCCUCCCGAUCGAAACACAAAUGAUGCGAUUACAACAUGUCUCCUCAUCUCGUACACAACGAAUGCUUUCCCGGGCGAAUACAUCCCGACCGUCUUCGACAACUACACGGCCAGUGUGAUGGUUGACGGCCGGCCGAUCAGCCUGGGACUCUGGGAUACCGCCGGACAAGAAGAUUACGACCGCCUCAGACCCCUAUCCUACCCGCAAACCGAUGUCUUCCUGAUCUGCUUCUCCAUCGUCAGCCCGCCAUCCUUUGAUAACGUGAAAGCCAAGUGGUUCCCAGAAAUCGAACAUCACGCACCCAGCGUCCCCAUUAUCCUGGUCGGCACCAAGCUCGACCUGCGCGACGACCGCGCAACAACCGAAGCCCUGCGCGCCCGAAAGAUGGAGCCCGUCUCGUACGAACAAGCCUUGGCCGUCGCCAAGGAGAUUCGCGCACAUAAGUACCUCGAAUGCUCGGCCCUGACCCAGCGCAACUUGAAGAGCGUCUUUGACGAGGCUAUCCGGCUAACCAUUUCCCUCCCCCAUUCCAGAGCCGUUCUUAACCCCCGUCCCCUCGCAAAGUCCGGGAGGAAGAACAAAUGCAUGAUCUUGUAG